CGGCUUUGGUUAAAGUUUUUGAUGCGUUCCAAAACGGUAACAAACGAUAACAACGUGCGGUAUGCUAUCCUCGGCGGGGAAAAAAGAUUAGAAUAGGAAUGUCGGAGUUAAACGGAUUGAAAUCGGUUCAGAUUGAAGUGAGAAAGGCGUCUGUCAAACAUGGGCAACAUAUUCGCAAACCUCUUUAAAGUCUUCGGUAAGAAAGAGAUGAGGAUCCUCAUGGUGGGCCUUGACGCCGCCGGAAAGACGACGAUUCUGUACAAGCUGAAGCUGGGGGAAAUUGUUACCACCAUCCCAACCAUCGGUUUUAAUGUUGAAACCGUGGAGUACAAGAAUAUAAGUUUCACAGUUUGGGACGUCGGCGGUCAAGAUAAGAUUCGACCGUUGUGGCGCCAUUAUUUCCAGAACACACAAGGUCUGAUCUUUGUGGUGGACAGCAACGACCGAGAGCGAGUGAACGAGGCACGAGAGGAGCUGAUGAGGAUGCUGGCCGAGGAUGAGCUCAGGGAAGCAGUUCUUCUCGUGUUUGCCAACAAGCAGGACCUACCGAACGCCAUGAACGCUGCAGAAAUCACGGACAAGCUGGGGCUGCAUUCGCUCAGGCACAGGAACUGGUACAUUCAGGCCACGUGCGCCACGAGCGGCGACGGCCUCUACGAAGGACUCGACUGGUUGUCCAAUCAACUCAAAAACCAGAAAUAACCACCUCGCUGUACUGAUGAUCUUCCUUAGCUUGGUAUUCUCAACACUUGCUUUACUUUUUUUGUUUUUAAUCAACGGUGCUGGAAGCUGCGCUCAUUUCAAACCCCAUUAACACAGAAGAACAGUUCCCUGCGGUCGAAGCGUCGCUCUCUCGUUUAAUGUAAAUAGGUUUUUUUUUUUCCCUCGUUGUUGUGAGGCAGCUUUUCGAGCACCAUUAUGCAAAAUAGAUUUAGUCUUUCGUCGUUUAUUCCUGACUUUUUCGUAGUUUUUGUUUUUUCUGGCCACGUCUGUAAACUCGGCCGGGUCUCAUUUGAAUCUCGCACAUGUAUUAUUUUAUUGUGCUUAUAAGACUCUUUCUUAGACGUACUGUAAACAAAGCUGUCGUGUUUGUCUUGAGCGGAGGACAGGAAAUCAAACAUUACAGACACUACCUGCACACGCAACGGUUCGAGUUUGAGGAAAAGAAACCAAAAAACCAUUACACUGUCUUCUCGGCAAAGGCUGAAGUGACCUCUAGCUUUACCGUCAUGAUGCUUUAGGAGCCGUGGAGUUGAGAAGUCAGCUACACAACCGUGUGUCUGUUGAGAUUCCCAGUACACAGCAGAUGAUUUGUGGGAGAAAUGUUGGCUCAGGUUAAUCAAGGUUUGUAGUAGAGUGAAGUAAUACUUUCAGACACGUUUUUUUUGGGGUUGUUUUUUUUUAUAGAACUGGAGGUUGUUUAGUUAAAACAAUGUGACGAGUCGUUUCGCAAAAAUAGGUUUCAUUUUCUAUAUGCAAAAAUAUUGUUUAUUUUAUUUAUGAGUGUUGAAAUGUGACCCGAACACUUUUUACCCAGAAAGAGAAACUGAAAGAUUGGUUUUAUGCGCCUAGCAUUAAAUUUCGUGUUUUGACACUCUUGUGUUAAAGUGUUACUUUCUGUUUCUUAUUUUGGUCUCGAUUCUAACCACCCUUUGAAACGCUUUCAUCUAACCACACGCUCUAAAUCGAUAUCUAAAAAAGAAAAAUGCAUUUUUAUUAAUUUAGGACAUAACCUGAAAGGCAUGUUAAUAUCAAGCGUUUGAGCUUUCUGUUGUGUGUUUGGAUGUCAUUUUUCCCCCAGACUAGCCGUGGUGCCUUUAUGACAGACAGAGACUCCUGUUUCAGAUUAAGCUUCGUGUUCAAUGUUAAACAAUGUUAGGACUAAUGGGUUUUAAAGUUACUUUAUUUCUGUCUCUCUUUUUCUUUUCCCAUUUAACCUAUAAUUUGAUAGACACUGAUUACUUUGGGUCAAAAUUAUGUGAACCUCUUAGCAAAAUAUGUAUAGUGACAUGGUUAACCUUUGUUUUUUUUUUUUAAUUAUUAUUAUUUUGACAGAAAUGCACUGUAAUUAAAGAUACUUGUAUAACUGGA